AACCCAUUCAUGUUCAAUCACGUGAUGAGCCUCGUUCCAACCUUUUCGCCCAUAAAACAGAAGCUGAACUCAUCCAAUUGACUUAUCCGCUAGUUCAAUGGCUACGCCGGUGAAGGUGUACGGACCACCAUUCUCGACCGCCGUGUCAAGGGUCUUGGCCUGUCUCCUUGAGAAAGAUGUCCCAUUUCAGCUUGUACCCAUCAGCAUGGCGAAAGGCGAACAAAAGAAACCUGAUUACCUUAAAAUUCAGCCCUUUGGCCAAGUUCCGGCAUUUCAAGAUGAUGAAAUCACCUUAUUUGAGUCUAGAGCCAUAUGUCGAUAUAUAGCAGAAAAGUACCAAAACAAAGGAACCAUUGGCCUAUUUGGAACAAACCCAUUGGUAAAAGCUUCAAUCGAUCAAUGGCUAGAAGCAGAAUCACAAAGCUUCAAUCCCCCAAGCUCAAUUCUCACCUUUCAGCUAUUUUUUGCUCCACGAAUGAAAAUGAAACAAGAUGAGGCAUUGAUCAAACAAAACGAAUCAAAGCUUGUAAAAGUUCUUAAUGUCUAUGAGAAGAGGCUUGGUGUGAGUCGAUACUUAGCAGGUGAUGAGUUCACAUUGGCUGAUCUCUCUCACUUGCCUAACACCCAAUACUUGGUGGAGAAAACUAACAGGGCUGAGCUGUUCAAGUCAAGGAAGAAUGUGGGACGAUGGUGGGAAGAAAUCUCUACCCGACCUUCUUGGAAAAAGGUGGUCGAAAUGCAAAAUGCAUGAUCUUGGUGGAUCUUCUUGGAACAUGAAGUUUUUCGGUUUCUGUUAUGGUGUUGAAUGGAGUUUCUUUGUAUUUUAUCAUGUGAUUGUUACUAUUACUGUUUGAUAUCAUCGGUGUCAAAUAACAUUGACAAUUCGACAUUAUAUGGACAUAAAUUUGUGUCAUA